CUCACAGAUUGCAGAAUUAUCUAUCGAAAAUUACGCAUUUAACUGGGCUGAGUAUCACCAGCUGUCAAUUUAUUCGAACAAUAAAUCUAAUUACACCAAGGACUCAAAAUUAAAAUUUAAACGUAGCGACAGGUUUUCUUUAAUGGAUUCCGUAAAGUCUUUAAGGUAUUUGUGAGUAAGGUCUUUACCAAAGGCACGAUAAUAUCUGAGAGAAUGUCUAGUGUGUAAGACAUACCACGCGGACGCGGAUGUGGUCAAGAAAUGGUGCUUAAAGCGUUAUCGCACGUGUCAACAGAUCGGUAAACAAAAAGAUUACUUAUAAAUAAACAAUGAUAUUAAUUAUUGAGGUAAAUAACUUAAUGAAAAAUAAGGAAUUAUUAUCAUUGUGGGACUUUAGUGUCUUGCUAUAGAGUGGGAUUUUUAAAUCUAUUUUUAAUGACACUAAGUAGGGUUUUAUACAGAAAGUAGUUAUUGUUGUUGUGUGAUAUCUAGCGUGCUCAACUUAUCGGGUUUCAUUAGCUGUUUAGGCUGGAUCAGAGACAUUGUUAUUGAGUGCUUAACAACAGCACGUGCUUUUAUCAAAUCGAGCUCCGAGUUUAAUUGUAAGUAAUAGGCAACUUUAUGAGUUCGCGUCUAGUAAGUGUCAAUUAAGUGUUACGAUUGAGUGCCAGUCGACUGAAAGUUCGUCAAGAUGACCAAAAAAGCAGCCUCGGAUAAGUUGAGAAGAAAUCCGAUCGAGAAGGCGAACCCCCUUAGCCGAUUAUUUUUCUGGUGGACGUUGGAGUUAUUCAAAAGAGGAGCUCGCAAUGGAAUCACCAUGGAUGACCUUUACACUCCGUUGUCGGCUGAUAAGUCCGAGACUUUGACUGAUAAUUUGGAAAGGGCUUGGAAUGAUGAGUUGAAGAAACUGGAACUCAAUCAAACUCAGAAUAACGAUGAUAAUUACAAAAAAAAACCAGCUAAGCCAAGUUUGCUUCGAGCAAUGAUCAGAACUUUUUGGAUGAAGUUUGCAGCGAUAGGAGUGCUCCAAGUGUUUGAGCAGCUUGUCUUAUUUAACUUGCAGCCAAUCAUCCAAAGCUGGGUCAUUUCGUACUUCGGAGCUAAGAAUGAAAACUCGAUGACUCAAAAUGAAGCCCUGAGCUGGGCUGUAGCGCUCAUCGUCGUAACACUGGGAAUCACGUUGAUUAUUCAUCACACGAAUUUCUUCGGGGAGAUAUUAGGGAUGAGAAUGAGACUGGCCUGCUGUUCUCUAGUCUAUAGAAAGAGUUUGAAACUGAGCAAAACUGCACUGGAUGAUACUCCGGCUGGCCAGGUUGUGAAUCUUCUCAGUAACGAUGUCAACCGCUUCGACUUGCUCCCCGUGCUCUUUAAUUAUCUAUGGAUCACACCGCUUCAGAUCAUUGUGAUCGGAUACAUAAUCUGGCGCAGUAUCGGGAUCUACACUCUAGUGGGCUAUGGAAUGCUCUUUUUGAUAACGAUUCCGAUGCAAGGCUACGUGGGAAUUGUCUCAGGAAAGCUCAGAAAUGUUACCGCUAAAUUGACUGAUCGACGAGUCCAGCUCAUGAGUGAACUAAUUGCCGGCAUUCAAGUUGUAAAAAUGUAUGCAUGGGAAAUACCAUUCAAUAAAAUAGUCACACAAACGAGGUUGAAUGAAAUAAAACAGAUACAUCGAUCAAACAACAUACGUGGAUUGUAUUCCAGUUUAUCAGAGUUCACACAAAAGGCGAUGAUGUUUAUGACACUGGUUAUCUUCAUAAUGAUCGAUGACAAUCCAAUAACUCCCGGAAUCACUUUCCGAAUCUCAAUUUACUACAGCACUCUCCAAUUGCUCAUGACAAUAUUCUUUCCGAUAUCAAUUAUUUCGCUGAUUCAGGGUAUCAUUGCAGUCCAAAGAAUUGAGGAAUUUCUUCUAUUAGAAGAAGUUAAAAAAAGUGCAGAAGUUGAGGACAAAAAAGAGUUGGAAGUUCCAGCAAUUGAAGACAAAAAUUCCCAGAAGAAAUCCAACCCAGGAGCUGUAGUUGUCAAGUUGAGUAAAGUUUCGGCUAAUUGGAAGUUCGGACAAUUGCCUCCAACUCUGUGUGAUGUCUCACUGAAAAUCAACGGAGGAGAACUUUGUACUCUCGUAGGUCCAGUCGGUUCGGGCAAAAGUUCUUUUUUGAAUUUGCUCCUGCAGGAGCUGCCAGUUGGUGCAGGAACAGUUGGACUCUUCCAGUUCUCUGAUGGAGAAUCAGCAGAUGCGAAAUCUCAAUCAGGAUUUAUACAGGACAAUCCUGAAAUGAAGAUAUCAUACGCUAGUCAGGAUCCGUGGCUCUUUACAGGAACUGUGAGAGAGAACAUUCUAUUUGGACUAGAGUAUGAUAAUACACGUUACCAAGAGGUAACGAAAGUUUGUUCUCUCCUGCGAGAUUUCAAACAUCUGCCUAACGGAGAUUUAACUAUAGUCGGAGAACGAGGAGCUUCACUGUCAGGCGGCCAGAGAGCGAGAGUCAAUUUGGCCAGAGCCAUCUACAGACGAGCCGAUCUGUACCUUUUAGAUGAUCCGUUGAGUGCUGUUGAUGCACGUGUCGCUCGACGGCUCUUCAAAGAUUGUAUCCUCGAGUAUCUGAAAGGCAAAACGCGGAUCUUGGUUACGCAUCAGCUCAAUUAUCUCAAGCAAGCUGAUACUAUCGCAGUUUUGGAGCGCGGCUCGAUCAAACAUCACGGAACUUUUGAUACUUUAAUUCAAACGAGUGCUGUUUUCAACAACAUGCUCAACGCUCUAAAGAAAAACGAGGACGAAAAAGAAACUGAAGCUGUUGUUGAAACUGUCAAGGAGCAAAGUCCUGAUAAUCAAGAGACGGAAGUCACAAGCGAAAAAAAUAAUUUCUUCCGUCGGGCCAAAACCAGGAUGUCCCAAAUUUCGAUCAGAUCUCACGAUAGUUACAAAUUUAUGGUCAAUGAAGACGCUGAUGGAGUGGAUCUGAAAAAUACUAUCCCCGACGAAGUAAAGGGUAAAGGAUUCAUCUCCAAGGAGAUUUACUUCCGAUAUUUCCGCGAAGGUGGUGGGAUCAUUGGAUGCCUUCUGCUGGUCCUGAUGUUCAUUCUAACCCAGGUUGCUGCGGUCGGUGUCGAUCAGUGGAUGACUUUCUGGACAACUCUAGAAACAUUCAGGCCUUGUAUCCAGAGUGCAGGCGGUAUCUGUUCAGGGGCUGUACUUGAAUCUAACGCUCUCAUCAACAAUACGAAACUGAGCUCACUUCUUGAUAGCGAUGGUUUGCUACCCGCCGAAACUGCAGUCUACAUCUACCUCGUUCUUAUCAUCACUUUUAUCACUCUGUCUAUGUCCAGGGCCCGUUUUCUCAUGUGGGUCGGUAUGAGAGCUGCACGCAAGCUCCACAAUCAAAUGUUUUCUAAUCUUCUUCAAGCGACCAUGUAUUUCUUUAACACUAAUCCUUCGGGUCGACUUUUAAACAGAUUCUCAAAAGAUGUUGGAGCAAUGGAUGAUUUACUCCCACAAUUUAUGAUAGAAGCAUCUCUUAUAUUAAUGGAAGUCCUCGGUAUCUUGAUAAAUAUCAUCACUGUUAAUAUCUGGAUGUUAGGCAUUACGAUUAUCGUCGGGGUCAUAUUUUACUUCUUAACAUUUUUCUAUCUAAAAUCCGCUCAAGAUGUUAAACGACUUGAAGGAAUCGCGAAAAGUCCAGUUUUUACACACGUUGUCACGACAAUGAAUGGCCUAACCACAAUAAGAAGUCGAGGCAAAGAUGUGCAACUGAUGUUACGGAACGAAUUUGAUCGGUAUCAAGAUGAUCAUACCGGAGCAUGGUAUUUAGUUAUAGCUUCUGGAACAGCAUUUGGCUUUAGUAUUGACCUUGUCGCUUGUACGUUUAUUGCCGUUAUGUGUUUCUUGCUCAUUCUUAUCAAUCCAGAAAAUACAUUUGGGGCGUCGGUUGGUUUAGCGAUAUCUCAGUCAUUGACUUUGACGGGAAUGCUUCAGCAUGGAGUAAAGCAAGCUACUCAAGUACAGUCACAGAUGACAGCUGUUGAGAGAAUUAUUCAGUAUACAAACUUACCAAAAGAAGGUCCAAUAGAAUCAUCGAAACCGUUGCCUGAGAACUGGCCAUCCAAAGGCCGACUUCAGUGGAAGAAUGUUUAUCUCAGCUAUAAAAAAGACGACCCUGCUGUUUUAAAGAACAUUGACCUGAUGAUCGAGCCGGGCUGGAAAGUUGGAGUUGUCGGAAGAACUGGUGCCGGAAAAUCCUCAUUGAUAUCUGCGCUCUUCCGACUAGUCGACGAUGGUCUCCAGGGGCAAAUAAUUAUUGACGGUGUAGACACUAAAACAAUCGGUCUUCAAGAUUUAAGAUCGAGUAUAUCCAUAAUUCCACAGGAGCCUGUUUUAUUUUCCGAGACACUGCGAUACAAUCUCGAUCCUUUUGGAAAAUACACUGACAUAGAAAUCUGGGACGCGUUGAGGGAAGUUGAAUUGAAUAACUUGGCCCUCGACCAAUGGGUCACCGAAGGCGGAACAAACUUCAGCGUUGGUCAGCGUCAGCUGAUUUGUCUCGCUCGCGCUCUGCUGAGAAACAAUCGGAUCCUGGUUCUCGACGAAGCCACCGCCAAUAUCGACUCUCGGACUGAUGCGUUGAUCCAGCGAGCAAUUCGCUCGAAAUUCGCAGACUGCACAGUUAUAACAAUAGCUCACCGUCUGAAUACAAUCAUCAACAGCAACAGAAUUCUAGUAAUGGAUAAUGGAUGUGCUGUGGAAUUUGAUACACCGUACGAAUUGCUGAUAGAGAAACCGGAUAGUAUAUUCGCCAAAAUGGUCGAACAAACCGGGCCAUCCAUGACUGCUAAAAUACUCCACGAAGUAAUGGAAUUCCAUAAUCAACCAUCAGCUCAUGAUACCAAUGAUUCUCCUGCUGUAGAUACUCUUGAUAUAUCAUCUGAUGAUACAAAGCUUUAA